AUGGAGCAGGCUUCUCCUCCAAGAGGAGGACCCUCCUCUCCAGCCGCCUCUCGCGAGCCACGAUUGCAUCUCCCUUCGACUACCGAUCCUCCAGGCCCGCAGAACCCCCCAAAGCCGCUCGUCUGGCUGAUCUUCGGCGCAACAGGCCACAUGGGCCGCUCGCUCGUCAAAAAUGCCCUAUUCCGCAACGACCUCGUCGCCGCCGUAGGACGCACCUAUGAAAACAGCCCGGAAGCCAUGAAAGAGCUCGAAGAGGAGCACGAGAACUGCCUUGGCCUACUCUGCGACGUGCGGGCCCGCGAGACCGUGAAACGCGUCAUCGAUCAGACAAUUGCACGAUUCGGCCGCAUCGACGUAAUCGCCAAUUGCUCCGGGUACGGCGUGAUCGGGGCAUGCGAGGAUCAAGACGAGUUCGACAUCCGCAACCAAUUCGAGACCAACUUCACGGGCACAUUGAACAUGAUCCAGCUAUCAUUGCCACAUUUCCGCGAGCGGCGUGCGGGCCGAUAUCUCAUCUUCAGCUCGACCUCGGGCGCGCUAGGCGUGCCGGGCCUGGGGCCUUACUGUGCGUCGAAAUAUGCAGUUGAAGGGUUGAUGGAGAGUAUGCUGUACGAAGUGGACAGCUUCAAUAUCAAGGGCACGCUGGUUGAACCGGGUCAUAUGCGCCGUGAUGAUAUCGGGGACCUGGUCUCGCAUUCUGCCAUGACUGCUAACCAUUCUGCACACAAUCUCUCUUCGCCGCUGCCGCUGUACGGGCAUUUUCUGGUCAAGCCGCCUAGCGAGCCGUAUAAUACAUCUACAUCUCCGGCUGCGCAUGCGCGGCGUAUGCUUAUGUGGCUUGGAGAUAAGCAGCCUGCGUCUGCGGUGAAGGCUGCUCAUCUUGUCUGGGAGCUCGGCCAUUGCUCGUAUCCGCCGUUGCGACUUAUUCUUGGCACUUAUGCUGUUGAGAGUAUUCGGGAUCGAUUGAAGUGUAUCAUUGAGGAAAUCGAGGAUUGGAAGCAUCUCAGUUUCCCGCUGGGAGAAUCGCAGCCGGCUGCGAUGAGUCGAGAUCGCGCGUCCACACAGCCAGAGGGCGGGGAUGAUGUGACAGGGUGA